AUGCCUCCACAUUCUCUUCAUCUGAAAGUUGGUGCUAUUAUCAUGCUCCUCAGAAACCUUAACACAAAGAGAGGUCUGUGCAAUGGCACGCGCCUGAUCGUAAAGGAGUUGAAGCCGAAUUUAAUUAUUGCAGAAGUUAUAUCCGGAACAGCAAAUGGUCGUUUCGUCUUCAUUCCUCGAAUUGACUUGGCACAUAUAACUCCGGAUCUUCCAUUUGUGCUUCACCGGCGACAAUUUCCUGUCAAAUUAGCCUUUGCGAUGACUAUCAACAAAUCUCAAGGGCAGACCUUCGACAAAGUAGGACUUCAUCUACCGGAACCAGUAUUCUAA